AUGGAAGGAAUGGCAUCAAUAGCGUUGUUACUAGAUGGGUCAAUCUUGGGUCAUUUUGUUCAGCUUCCCAAGUCCGUUUAUUACCAGAUGGGUCAAUCUCGUCUUUUCGUCUCGACUUCAUAUCUCUCUGUAAAGCAACCGAUGACCCCCACACCACCAUCUGCAAUCCUUUUAAAGCAACUCGUCUUCCUGUUGUAUUACAGGAGAGUAGAGGAAGGGAAACAAUAUCCAUUACUCUGUAGGAGAUUAGCUAGCCUAAACGAAGAGUUCAUUUCACAUAAAAGUCCAACAGGUGGGUUCGAUUUCAUCUCCAGGAAGAGGAUUGAACAAAAACUCAUCGAUUAUAAUCAAGAAGCAGAAAGAUUUGGGGUUAUGCAUAUGAAGAGAGAUUUGAAUUUAGGUUCUCUCUGUAGUAAGCCACAAGCUGAUUGGGUCUGUAAUGUGGCAUGGGCUAAAGGGGGUCAAGGCAUAUCUUCCCAAGCUGCUUGUUUCAAGAAAGCGAGAGAUGAUCUAUACAAGGUUAAAGCAUGGGUUUUCUCUCCACAAGUCAAAGUUAUUAGGUCUGACAUUCGUGAGGAAGAUGUGUUGAAGGAGAAAGAUGCUUUUGAGGAUCUUAAGAAGCUGGCAGCCAAGUCACUGACUGAGACAGUUAAUCAGUUGAUUGACACUGUUAAUCAGGGACAAAAUCGGUCUGGUGCACCUCUUAAAGCUGCAGACAAUGUUAUUAUCUCACAGCAUCAGCAUGCAGCAGCCUCUCAAAUUCAGGCAAGAGAAACCGAUAUACAUGCACUCUCAUUGAGUAAAAACGAGACAGGUGUCCCCAUGAAUGUAUCCGAAAGCUUCAAAAAGGAAUAUGCAAUGGUACUAUUACAGCUCAAAGAAGCUAGUGAUCAGGUUGCUUCUGCUCUUGCAAAUUUGAGGCGACGCAACACAUACCCAGAGCCUACUUCCAGAAUUGGUGUAUGGAGGGCAGUUUGGUCUUUUAUUUAUUUUAACAGUUUAGAGUUAGUGGUGAGACAAAGUAGUGGUGAUAUCACCUUGCUAGCUGUUAUUCCCUUUUGUCCUUUUCUUUAG